AGAAGAGUGUUUUCGCUCUAAAGAAGCGCCAGCUCUCAUUGAAUGAGCCAAGAUUAAAAUAAACAUUUAUUUUCCAUUUAAUUUCCCUUCCUCGCGAAGCUCAUUAAUCCGCUUGCUGCGUUGGUGGACAACGCUUACGCUUUUGGCUCGAGGAUACGGUUAAACGCAAGGAGACAGGCUGGCGCAGGUCGUAGGGUGCUCUUGGAUCAUGAGAGACAGUGGCAGCAGCCUGGCUCAAACACACUGGUCCAAUGAGCUGACGCUGACUGCGGGGCAAGAAGGCACGGGGAGUGGGGGUGCCAUCGGAGGUGGCCACCUAAUGAAUCCAGCCAUGGCCCAACAUGCCCCCAGCCCGGCCCACUUCAAACUGGGGCAUAGAGAGGAAGACGUUAGCAUGUGGGGGGCAGACUAUACUGUCCCUGAGGAGGCGGUGGAGGAAGAAGAGGAAGAAAAUGUGGAGAUGGAGAGUGAGGAAGAUCUGGUGGAAAAGAAAGGCAUGGAUGAUUCUCAGUGGAGUGAUAAGGGCACCGAGGACUGGGGCUCGCCAGAAACUUCACAGCCUGUGGAAAUAGAUGUUAGUAACUUUACCCACUGCUUGGCCCAGACUGGGCCCAGUACGCUCAAGGAGAAAAGGCUAGCCCGGCUAAGGCAUCGGGGGGGCCUAAGGUACCCAAGCAUUCGGCACAGCCUGGCCCAGCAGUGGAGAACUUGGCGCCAACGGGCCAAAUGGGCGGGAACUAUGGGAUACAGGAGGGUACGAAGAUGUCAGAGACGCCACCGCUUUGACAAACUGCUUUAUCAGAGACAGUCUUGCAGUACUUUGUUAAAUGGAGACCAUGAAGGACUUUUGGGCACAGCAGAAGAAACUGAAGACUCCUGUACAAAUGGGGUUUCGAAAGGAAAGGAUGGUAGCCAUGGUGCAAACAUGAGCGACGGGGAGGAAUGGACCUCACCUGCCAAUGUUCAGUCUCAACGGGAAAAGUCCUCCCCGCAGAAUCAGCUUAACAGCGAACACAUCUCUUGUGUACAAGGUAUUCUCGACGAGUUUCUUCAGCAGUAUGGUAGUUUGAUUCCCAUCCAUGUGGAUGAGGUGGUGGAGAAGCUUCAGGAAAUCUUCACCGAGAGCUUCACGAGUCCUCAUAGGAAAGUUAUGGUGCAACAUUUAAUGCAGUCCUACCAGCGCAUGUCCGGAAGCGCAAUGAUGCGGGGGUUCCGUGUCAAUUACAAACGUCACGUCCUUACAAUGGAUGACCUGAGCACGCUUUAUGGCCAGAACUGGCUCAAUGAUCAGGUCAUGAACAUGUAUGGGGAUUUAGUCAUGGAUGCUGCCCCUGAAAAGGUCCACUUUUUCAACAGCUUCUUUUAUGACAAGCUUCGGACGAAAGGUUAUGACGGGGUGAAGCGUUGGACAAAAAACGUUGAUAUUUUUCAGAAGAAGUUCUUGUUGAUCCCCAUUCAUCUAGAGGUGCACUGGUCAUUAGUGUGUGUUAAUGUACCUCAGCGUACCGUCACUUACUUUGAUUCCCAGAGGACCCUCAACCGGCACUGUCCCAAAAACUCGACUAUUUGUAUUUCUCUACAGCACAUUGCCAAAUAUCUGCAAGCAGAAGCAAUCAAGAGAGAACAGAAGGAAUUUUACACAGGGUGGAAAGGCUUUUUCAAAAUGAAUGUGGCAAGGCAGAACAAUGACAGUGAUUGUGGAGCUUUUGUCCUUCAGUACUGUAAGUGCCUGGCCCUGGAGCAGCCAUUCAGCUUUGGUCAGCAGGAUAUGCCCAAGCUACGGAGACAAAUGUACAAAGAACUAUGUCACUGUAAACUGUCUCUGUGAGACUGUAGAAGAACAAGAGACAUCCUACACUUCUACAUAAGCUCCAUGUCCAGCGUUUAGAUGGGAGGCAUCAAACGUUGAACCCUCUUUUCUUUUUUCCACUGAUUUUGUAUUUUGACUUUGUGAAUGCGAGUCAGCGACACUGCAGCCCAGUUGUUUGGUUCAGAUCGAAACAAAAAAGGGGUGGAGGGGGGGGGUGUAAAUUCAGUGAACUUUUUCUUAGGUGCUGCCAUUUUGUUGGCAAGUAUAUUUUUUAUUUUUCAUGUUCUUGAUGUUCAUUGUAAGCUUCAAGGUUACAUCAUGGAGUAAGGAGGGGGACGUGCAGACAUAUAGACAAAUGUAUCAAUACGGACCACAACACUAUAGGCUAUGAGGAUUUUGUUUUUUCAAUAUUGUUUUGUCUGUUCGAUAUUGUCCGUUAUGUAUCUAUGCGAUUUAAACGAAAAACUAUGGAGAGAAAAAAAGAGCAGCUGUAAAUUAAACUGUUUUAUAUCUUUUGAGAUGCAUACGUUGUUGUAAUAUGUACUAAUAAAACAAACAAAAACGGUCGAA